AGCUGCAGCGCCGGCGUCCUCGUCCUCGUCCCUUUUCUCGUCUCGGUUUUGUUCGCUGCCUGUCCGCCUCGAAGCAAAUCGGCCCGUCUUUGAGUCCCGCGCAAUCAGCACCUUCAUCUUUCCUUUGCGCUCUUGUUUCUGCUUUCUUCUCCGCGGCCUGUCGCUUUUCUUCCGUCUAAUCUCAUCUCUGGAAUUGGUUCGAGGACUCCCCUCUGCGCGCCGUCAGAAUGCAGAUGCUCACUAAGUUUGAAUCAAAAUCGUCUCGGGCAAAGGGCGUUGCCUUCCAUCCCAAGCGACCAUGGAUUCUUGUUUCCCUUCACUCAUCCACGAUCCAGCUUUGGGACUACCGGAUGGGAACUCUGAUUGAUCGAUUUGAGGAGCACGAUGGACCCGUGCGUGCUGUCGACUUCCACAAUACUCAGCCAUUGUUUGUUUCCGGUGGUGACGAUUACAAAAUAAAGGUCUGGUCUUUGCAGACCCGUAGAUGUUUAUUCACUUUGACUGGCCAUCUCGAUUACGUGCGUACCGUCUUCUUCCAUCAUGAAUUGCCAUGGAUCAUUUCGUCUUCCGACGAUCAGACCAUCCGUAUCUGGAACUGGCAAAACAGAUCGCAGAUCGCGUGCUUGACCGGUCACAACCAUUACACCAUGUGUGCUCAGUUCCACCCCAAGGAGGAUCUUGUUGUCUCCGCUUCGCUCGAUCAGACCGUUCGCGUGUGGGAUAUCUCUGGCUUGAGAAAGAAGCACUCUGCUCCCACUACGAUGACCUUUGAGGACCAGCUCAACCGUGCGAACGCCAACCAGGGCGACAUGUUUGGCAACACCGACGCCGUCGUCAAGUACGUGCUCGAGGGCCACGACAGAGGCGUCAAUUGGGUCGCCUUCCACCCUACCAUGCCCUUGAUCAUCUCGUCCAGUGACGAUCGAAUGGUCAAGCUCUGGCGCAUGAGCGAGACCAAGGCUUGGGAAGUCGACACCUGCAGAGGCCAUUUCAACAAUGCCACCUGCUGCUUGUUCCAUCCCCACCAGGACCUGAUCAUCUCCGUCGGUGAGGACAAGACUAUCCGCACCUGGGAUCUCAACAAGCGCACGAGUGUCCAGAGCUUCAGACGCGAGUCUGACAGAUUCUGGGUGAUUGCCGCUCAUCCCGAGAUCAACCUGUUCGCUGCCGGCCACGACAGCGGCGUCAUGGUUUUCAAGCUCGAGCGCGAGCGUCCCGCGAGCACAAUCUACCAGAGCACGCUCUUCUACAUCAACAAGGAGAAGCAGCUCAAGUCGUAUGACUUCACCCGCGAUACCGAGAGCGCGCCGCUGCUCUCGCUCAAGAAGCUCGGAAGCCCUUGGACUCCGCCGCGCAAUCUGUCGUACAACCCGGCCGAGCGCGCCGUGCUUGUCACGUCGCCUGCCGACAACGGCAUCUAUGAGCUCAUCCGCUUGCCACGCGACGCGGCCGGUGCGAUCGAGUCGACUGAUACGAAGAAGGGCAGCGGCAACUCUGCCGUGUUUAUUGCUCGUAACCGAUUCGCGGUGUUUACAAAGUCAAGCCAGGCGAUCGAGAUCAAGGAUCUUUCCAACGCAACCACAAAGACGAUCAAGGCGCCCGUCGCCACCAACGAUAUCUACUACGGCGGCACCGGCUGCUUGUUGCUGUUUGCUGCCUCGUCUGUGGUUCUGUACGACAUCCACCAGAACAGGACGAUUGCCGAGCUCUCGAUCAACGGCGUCAAGUACGCUGCCUGGUCCAACGAUGGUCAGCACGUCGCGCUCCUUGGCAAGCAUACCAUCACUAUUGCUACCAAGAACCUCGAGACCGUGUGCUCUCUUCACGAGACCAUUCGUAUCAAGAGCGCUACCUGGAACGACUCGGACGUGCUCAUCUACUCCACUCUGAACCAUAUCAAGUACACCCUCUUGAACGGCGACAACGGAAUCAUUCGCACCUUGGAGAGCACCUUGUACUUGACCAACAUCAAGGGCCCUAUUGUCUACUGCCUCGACCGCAGCGGCAAGGUGAUCAAGCUGGCCAUCGACCCUACCGAGUUUAGAUUCAAGAAGGCGCUUAUCAACAAAAAUUACGAGGAGAUGCUCAGAAUAAUAAAAACCUCAAACCUGGUCGGACAGAGCAUUAUCUCGUACUUGCAAAAGAAGGGAUAUCCUGAGAUUGCGUUGCAGUUUGUUCAGGAUCCUCAGACGAGAUUUGAUCUUGCGAUCGAAUGCGGCAACCUCUCGGUUGCUCUUGAGAUGGCGAAGGAACUCGACAAGCCCAAUGUGUGGACGAAGCUCGGCGCUGAGGCUCUCGAGCACGGAAACCACGAGAUUGUGGAGCUGGUGUACCAAAAGUUGAGGAACUUUGACAAGCUUUCGUUCUUGUAUCUUACUAUUGGAGAUAUGUCAAAGCUGCAGCGUAUGGCGAAGAUCGCCGAUCACCGCGGAGAUUACAAGGCCAAGUUCCAGAGCUCGUUGUUUUUGGGCGACGCGGAUGCUCGUAUCCAGAUGCUGCGCGAGAUCGACAUGGGCGCGCUUGCUUAUGCGGCCGCGAAGGCUAACGGCAAGGAGGAGGAGGCGCAGGAGAUUUUGGAGUCUGCGGGACUCACCGAGGACCAGGUUAAGAUUCCCGAGCUCGGAGCGCCUCUGAGCCCGCUGAAGGUUGCGAACGAGACGUUCAAGACCAAGCUUGACUUGAAGCCUAUGGAGCCCACAUACUUUGAGAAGGUUCUCCUCGGCCAGGUUGAGGCGCUAAGCUUGGAGGAUAAGGAGGUUGCGAACGGCACUGCGGGCGAGAGCAACGGGUUUGAUGCGUUCAACGACAUGGUCGAGGACGAGUUUGCGCCGAAGGAUGAUAGCGGCGCGUUUGAGGAAGACGGUGGCGGCUGGGAUAUCGACGAGGAGCUUCUGGAUGUUGACGACGUCGAGGACGAGGCUGCGCCGGAGGCUGCUGCCACGAGCGGCGUUUCGGAGGCGGACUUGUGGGUGCGCAACUCGCCCGUUCCUGCUGACCACGUUGCUGCGGGCUCGUUUGAGAGCGCGAUGCAGCUUUUGAACCGGCAGGCGGGUGUGGUUGAUUUUGCGCCGCUCAAGCCGCGCUUCCUGGAGGUCUACCAGGCGUCGAAGGCGUACCUGCCUGGGACGGAGGGUAUGCCUAGCGUGACGACGUAUAUUCGCCGAACGAAGACUGAGACGGCGCCGAAUAAGGUGCUGCCGAUCAUCCCGCGCACGCUGUCGCGCCUGACGUCGGUGGACUUGCAGGAGGCAUACAAGCUCGUGCGCACCAACCACCUCGAGGACGCGGUGGAGAAGUUCCGCGCGAUUCUGUACGACGUCGUGGUUUCGGCCGUCGAGAGCGCGAGCGAGGCCACGGAGGCGGUGCAGCUGAUUGAUAUCUGCCGGGAGUACAUUCUCGGGCUGUCGAUUGAGCUUGAGCGCCGCGCGCUGCCGGAGACGGAGGUGAAGCGCAACCUCGAGCUGGCGGCGUACUUUGCCAAGGCGAAGUUGCAGCCGGUGCAUGUGCACAACGCGCUGCAAGUUGCGAUGUCGCAGUCGUUCAAGCACAAGAACUACAAUUCUGCGUCGCGGUUCGCGUCGCAGUACCUCGAGCUUGUGUCCACGGGCGCGAAGGCGGAGCAGGCGCGGAAGAUCAAGGCGCGCGCGGACGCGAACGGCACGGACGCGAUCAAGAUCGACUACGACCAGUACGCCGAGUUUGACAUUUGCGCGGCGACGCACACGCCGAUCUACGCGGGCGCGCCGUUCGUGCAGGAUCCGUUGACGAAGGCGAAGUAUUUGCCUGAGUUCAAGGGCAAGCUGUGUUCGAUCUCGAAGAUCACUGCGAUUGGAGCGCCGGCUUCGGGGCUCCGGCUUUUGCCGUGAACGAGUUUGUGUUUGAAAGAAUGAAGAGGAGAAAAAAGAAGAUAUAUGCUGUGUCUAUUUUUUGAUGAUGAUGUUUAGUGUCGUGUGUGUGUUUUAAAUUCAUAUUUGUUUUCUUCAAUGUAGUCGUUUGUUAGUUUUAAUCAAUCAGUUAUACAUAUAGCAGUGACGAUAAGAAUGUGUAGCUUAAGAUAAGCUGUUGAAAGGAGAUGAGUUAUUAGUGCAAUAUGCCACUUCCGAGGUAAUUGAUCCAGCAGAAGAGUUGAUGGACAGUAGUUUGAG